GUGUUUUGUCUAUAUUAGGCAGUUGUUAUACCACAUUUGAUGCAAACUAAUAUGUGCUUUAAAAAAUGCUUUGUAAUGAUGCAAUUUACUGAUGUAAACAUGUGUUGAUUGCAGGCAUGCGCACCAUGACGAGCAGUUCACAUUGUUUAAUCACACUUUUGUUUCACACUUUUUUAACUGACGUUUGCUCAAUGGAUCAUCAUUUCUACUGCACAAUCUGGAUGUUAACAUUUCACUUCAUUUCUUAUAUUUGAACCGCAUAUAUGUUCUAUCACAACAGGAUAUAUUAUGCAUCGCUUCUACACAAAAGUUUACAAGUCGAAAACCAAUUAAGCUAUAUGUAAAUUACUUGCAUUCACGGCGUGUGGGAACGAAGAAAAGUAAACGCAAACCAAGCGAGGCGAAGCAACGAAGUUUUUUCUUCCUCAAAUUUAACUUCCCUUUUUAAUGGUUUUUAUGUAGUUUCUAGCACAUUUAGUUGACCCGGUUGCUUGGAAGGGUGAGAAUUUAAUUACGAUUGCAUUACCUGAUUCCAUGUUUUGUAAAAAUGGAUUUGUUUUGAAGCAGUGGACGAUAUCGUCUCUCACCUGAACGCCGCGUAAUGCCGGUCAUGGAACUUCAUCAAACAAAAUCAAGGAGCGGUUCAUUAAAUGCUUCUCGACAUCUCCCAACAUCAUAUCUUCAAAAUGCAAGAUUUGAGAAAGAGAUCUACCUACCAAAUGCUUCGUACUUCAGCAGGAAUAUGGAGAAAAUGAGAGAAGCCGAAGCUCAACAACCGAAUGAGUCAAGCGAUAAAGAAAAUAUUCCGAAACUCAUUCGAAAUUUUCUUGGUUAUACCACAGCGCAUGGAUUUAGUCGCUUGGAAGGUUCCAAAGGAUUCUUUUGGAAAAUUUUUUGGGCGCUUGUCUGCUUAGGAUCUUUUGGGAUGUUCGUAUUCCAGGUCCAUGGCCUCUUUGAACAAUGGCUUUCCCGUCCAAUAACAACAACUGUUCGUAUUACUUUUGAGAAGCAAGUUCCGUUUCCAGCAGUGACGAUAUGCAAUUUAAAUAUGUUGCGAGCAAACGAAAUCCCAAAAGAGCUGAACGAAGAGAUGUUAAAGUUGAUUGGCUUGUACAACGAAUCCUCAGCCACAAAUAGCACCAAAGCUCGAAGACGUCGUUCCAUCUCAAGUCCUAAAUCAAAUGGUCCAAAUCCAAACACGACUCCAUAUAAACAAUUUCACAAAACAGAGAAUACAGAUUAUUCAUCUCGGCGAACCACCCCCGGAUCUGGAACAACACAGAAUGCUUGGGCGCCGACGUACAAACAGAGCAAUGGUUGGUCGCCGACGAAUUAUCAUGGGACCACGUACAGACCAAGUAAUUUUUAUUACCAAAACGUCGACAAAGAAUAUCUUCCGAGUGAAAAAGAAGUGAAUCCAAAUGUUUUGUUCUUGGAAAGAUUUACAACCGCUGUAACUAAAGUUUCAACAGACAUUCUGAUUCCUGCGGGUCACCAGUUCGAUGAUCUUGUUACAAAAUGCACUUGGAGGGGAUAUGACUGCACGAAAUCAAGCGAUUAUACAGACUGGUGGGUUCACAGCUGGCAUUACAAGUACGGCAACUGCUACACAUUUAAUGGAGGAGUGAAUCAAAAAGAGAAAGCAAUCAGGAUCUUAAGUACGAGCAAGCCUGGACCUAGUCAAGGUCUGUCAUUACGUCUGAAUAUUCAGCAGGAAGAAUAUUUGAGAUACGUGAGCGAUGAAGCAGGCGUGCGGGUCAUACUUCACGAUCAAGGAAUGAUGCCAUUUCCCUAUCUUGAAGGCUUUAGUGUCGGUCCUGGGACAGCCACAUCAGUGGGGAUACAGAAGACGGUAAUUUCAAGAGUGGAUCGUUUCAAAAAUCACACAUGUUGGGAACUCGAUGAACUCGACGAAGAAAACAUUUACAGAAAGUUUCACAAAAUUACCAAGUACACACAGCAGACAUGUCACAAUUCGUGCGUUGGUAAAACUCAGCUGAAAGAGUGUGGCUGUGCUGAAUAUUCUUAUCCUUCCAAUACCUCAGCAUGUGACGUGUAUAAUGCGACAACACGGACAUGUUUAUGGGAUAUUCAUCAUAGAUUUAACCAUGACAAGCUUCCUUGUAUGGACGAAUGCAGACUUCCUUGUCGUGAAGAAGUCAUUCAGAAGACAAUCAGCAUGUCACAGUGGCCUUCAACACUUUAUCAAACUUACGAGAAGCAAAAGAAUACUAAUUUUUCAUCAGAAAGUUAUUUACUCCUGAACAUUUUUUACAAUGAACUCAAUUAUCAAAGAAUCGAAGAAAAUUUUGUUUACGACGAAAUCAACUUGUUAGCUGACAUCGGUGGUCAGUUGGGUCUGUGGAUUGGAGUUUCAGUAAUUACAGUUUUUGAACUUAUUGAAUUGUUUGCAUUGAUCUUGACUCGGCUGUGCAGACCAAGGAAAAGCAAUGAUCGGGUGAAUAGCAUGGCUUGACAGAGGCUCAAGACAAAGACAAACAAGUAAUGUUCAUAUUUUAAUUGUCAUUCCAUUUUACUGAUUACAUAUUUUGAAAGUCGUGGACUGUCACAAUCUCGUGCAAGAUGUUGGGACUGUCAAGCAUGCAAAACACAAGGAACACAGAUUCUACACACGUUUGAAAAAACUAUAACUUAACCCGCGGUGAUAGUUGCAACUUUUAAGGCAAAGUAUCACGAUAAUCAUCGUGGAAAAGGUCAAGUGCGUCAAGAAUUUCUGCUGCAUUCUCGUCCAAAUGACAUGCAAACGAUCACAAGAUGGUGAAGACGCCAAUAUAUUUAUACAUAUGUAUUUACAAUUAGAUUUGAUUAUUUAUUUAUAAAUGAUCAGAAAUAAACGCGAGUGAAAUUAAGCGAUAAACAUUAGACUCACAAGAACUUUUAUUCUUACUCGUUAUUGAAAGUUUUAAAUAUUGUUUUCUAGCAAUGUUUCUUGAAGACAAGCACGCAUACAGUAAUAGACACAUACAGUAAGCAACCGCCGCGCUUAGAAAACAAGUUAUGUUUAGUUACGUUAUGUUUAUGUCAAGUUAUGUUAUGGCUAGAAUCGUAUUUCGUGAAGCAACUUUGUCAAAUUAUACUAGAUUCCUGUGACACCAACCUGAAAAUAGAAUAUAUUAUGCAACAUUGGCACCUGCACAUCUUCCCCGACGUUAUAUAAUUCAAACCUGCAUAUGGUAAACAUUUACUAAUUUUACUCUACAUUAACCAUUCCG